UUCAAAACCCAAUCACUUUACUCAAGCCAAGAUUCCAGACACAAAGAGUUCCAAAUAAUACUCGGCGCUCUACGUUUCAUCGAGACCCAACCCAAAAUGGCCCGUACCAUCGCUGAUCCAGUCUACGACCGCACAAAGCCCCUCCCCGCCAUCACUCCUCUCUACCACCACCAGCUUGUCAACGUCCCCGGCUUCAGCCACAUCGCCCUCGAAGUCCGCUUCCCCCCGGGCGGCGCCUCCCCGCCCCACCGCCACGGCGGUGCAUCCGUUUCCGGCCUCGUUGUGUCGGGAACGGGCUACAACAAGAUGAACGACGGGCCGACGACCGUCUUGGAACGGGGCGGCGCCUGGUAUGAGGCACCGGGGUGCCAUCACAAGGUCAGCAUGAAUGCGAGCGAGAUUGAGGAGUAUGUGAUUGUGGCGAGCUUUGUGGUUGAAAGUAGGGUUGUGGAGGAGGGGGGGUAUGCGGCGCUGGUGGUGGUGGAUCCAGAGUAUGCGGAUGUCAAGAUGACGCCCGAGGCCAAGUGAGGUGUGGUUAGAUGCGGGUUUGUUGGAAGGGAAAUGAUAGCAAGGCGAAAUAUAUUCGACUCUUGUCUUCAGUCCCGUUGACCGUCCAUGAGACUGUUAUGAUGCUAA